UUCAAAUUCUUGAUGACGAAAAGUGUUUCCAGUGACGCGCCCUUUAUAAAAGGUGCCAUCUUAGCGACUUCCUUAGUAUACAGCCUGCCGCUGCUCAUUUACAAAUCUUGGAGCUGCUUCUUUUCAGAUAUGUUUCAGCUUCUGCUGCUUGCAGCAAUUUGCCUGCAGUGGCAGGUGAAUGCCCAAUAUCUGAGCAGGGAGAGCCUUGAACAAGCUGUGAAUGCUGCCAUCACUAAAGUGGACUCGGCGUAUGAAUAUUCAAGACAAGAGUGCCUUGAUCGUGUCAGGCGGAAUGGAGCCAGACCUCAGGAUGUGUUGCGCUUUUUCAAGCAACCGAUUGGAAUUACCCGUGAGGUGGCCCGAUCUGCUGAUUACAUGGACACCACACUAAAUAUCAUCAAAACUUCGGCAGAAAGACGUCAAAGACGUUCCAUUAACGCCACAGAUCUGCUGUCUGAAGAAGAUCUGGAGUUUAUUGCAGAACUGACAGGCUGCUCACCUCGUCAACGCAUGCCCUCAUGCAAGACAGUCCCCAACCUUAACAUCUUUCGCACCCUGAGUGGCGUCUGUAACAACGAGCACAAUCCUCGAUGGGGAUCAUCUAACAUACCAUUCACACGCUGGCUUCCUGCUCAGUACCAGGACGGAUUCUCCUUGCCCCGAGGUUGGGACCCCUUGAAAAUCAAUGGCUUCCUUCUUCCCUUGGCAAGAGAGCUGUCCAACCGCAUCCUUGGCGCAGCGGUCGGCGAUGUGGUGAACGACUCAGUCUUCACUCACCUGUUGCCCUCCUUUGGACAAUGGACGGACCACGACCAGACGUUAGCGCCGCAUUCACCCGUCAUCCGUUCAUUAAGCAAUGGUCUGGACUGUGACGAGAGCUGUGAGCGCUCCGAGCCUUGCUUCCCUAUUAUGAUUCCCAAGGGUGACCCGCGCUUCGGCAAGCAGGAGUGCAUCCCCUUCUUUCGGUCAACGGCGACUUGUGGAUCUGGCGACACAGGCUUCAUCUUUGGUUCUCGCACUGUACGGCAACAGUUGAACUCCCUCACGGCUUUCAUCGACGGAAGUCAGAUAUACGGCUCAGAUGAAGAGAAAGCUCUAGAGCUCCGUGACCUCACCACAGAUGAGGGCUUGUUGAGGGUCAACACAGAGUAUACUGACAAAGGCAGAGAACUGCUGCCCUUCACCAAAAUGAUGGCCAACGUGUGUGCAACCCGAGCUCGCAUCACCAACAACCCAAAAGCCGAGGAGGUGUUGUGCUUUUUGGCAGGUGAUGAACGCGUCAACGAGAACAUUAUUUUGACAUCGCUGCACACACUAUUCUUACGUGAGCAUAACCGUCUGGUUCGAGCCCUGGCCAAACUAAAUCCUUCCUGGAAUGGAGAGAGACUGUACCAGGAAGCCCGCAAGAUUGUGGGAGCAUAUCUCCAGAUUAUUACGUUCAGAGACUACAUUGGCUACAUUGUAGGACCUGAGGUGGUUGCUAAGAAGCUCUCCACCUACCCUGGCUAUAAUAAAUUCGUAGACCCAUCUAUCGCUAAUGUAUACGCAACAGCUGCCUAUCGAUAUGGCCACUCAAUGAUUCAGCCAUUUGUUGCCCGUCUCAAUGCCGCUUACGAGGAACAUCCGUUGUACCCAUCUACAUUGCUGCACACAGCCUUGAACACACCAUGGAGGGUUGUCUUUGAAGGUGGCCUAGACCCAAUAUUGAGAGGAAUUGUAGGUCGGCAGGCUAAGUUGAAUGUUCAGGAUGCCAUUAUGACGGAGGAGCUGAGAGACUUGCUGUUUAGAUUCUCUUUUGAGAUGGCGCUGGAUCUGGGCGCUCUCAACAUUCAGCGUGGACGUGACCAUGGACUCCCUGGAUAUAACGAAUGGCGAAAGUUCUGUGGUCUCUCACAACCCCGAAAUUUCGAGGAACUGGCUCAGGUGUUGAAGAAUAAGGAAUUGGCUGAGAAGCUUCUGGAUCUGUACGGCACACCCGACAACAUAGAUCCAUGGCUCGGAGGAAUUACAGAGCCUCUGGUAAAAGGAGGAAGAGUUGGACCCUUGUUUGCCUGCCUGAUUGGACUUCAGUUCAGCAAAAGUAGAGAGGGAGACAGAUUUUGGUGGGAGAACGAGGGCGUCUUCACAAAGGCCCAGAAGGCGUCUCUGCUGACGACAUCAACGUCCCGCAUUAUCUGUGAUAACACCGGUAUCACAGAAGUUCCAGACCAACCUUUCUUGUUCCGGCCACGAGGGGACGGUUACACCAAUUGCGCCUACAUCCCGGAGUUUGACCUCACUCCAUGGAUGGAAACUCCAUAUGGCUUUCCCGACACCUUUCCAAACACACCCAAGCCCAAUCCAGCUCCCUGGUCAGCCUGGCCAUCCUGGCCAGGACCGGCACCAGGAGGAUAUGGACCUGGACUUCCUGGACCCCCUGGACCACCUGGAGCUCCAGGUCCCUACCUAUCUAUCUUUGUUUUUCCUUUUCCAGGACCUCCAGGUGCCCCAGGAUCCUAUCACAGUGAGAAAAUGGCCUUUUCUGUACGACUGAGCAAUAAUUUCCCCCAAGCCGGCGUUCCGAUCCCCUUCCACGAGGUCAUCUAUAACGGACAGAACAGCUUUGACACCAACACGGGCAUAUUUACUUGCACCUAUCCAGGGGUAUACGAAUUCCAGUUCUCCUGCACCAUCUACGAGCAUGCUGCUAGUGUCGAUCUAUUGCGCAAUGGCGAGAUCGUUUUGCAUUCAUACACUACCAGGCAGGAUGGUUACAUUACAGCUAGUGGAGCGACAUACAUCAAACUGAAACGGGGAGACAGAAUAUGGCUUGUGGCUAACUUUGGAGCCAACGGUCUGACAAGAGACAGCUUCUUCAAUGGGCAUUUACUCUUUACAGAGGACUAAACACUAGACCAAAACAAUUUGAAAAAUAGAUAUAGAAAAGCUCUUUGAUCCUGUAUAACGCAAAUAAGGUAUUGAUCCCCGUUUUUUUAAAAGUGUGGUUUAGAUAGAUGGGUGGAUAGAUAAUAGACGGAUCGAUGGACAGACAGAGUGUGUGUUUGUGUGCGUGUGUGGGCGCAUGAGCAUAUACAAUUCGUUUACAUACCUCACAGUCCUUUCCAUUCCCCUCUUCUGAAAAAAAUGGUUUGUAACAUAUGAUGGGCUAAUUUCGAAGCAACACUAUUAAUUAAAAAGCUCUUCUUUUCUGAAUUGUUAUCAUAAUUUAAUUGAAUACGUCAAUAAAUAUAUGAAUAAAGCAUGUACUUGCUGUCUU